AUGCAUUUCACCAACAUCCUCGCCGGCUCAGCCCUCUUCUAUUUCACUGACGCCUUCAAAGUCCCUAAAGGUACCACAGAUGGCUUCUACAAAGUGCACCGCAAUGCACAGGGUCAAGAGAUACACGAACGCGUCUCCAACUUUGAGACUGAAGCUACACUUGCAGAAGUCUCCAUAGCGAAACGAACCAUGAUAGAGAAGCGGGAGCAACGUUGGACCACAUGGUGCGGCUGUGGCGUCGAACUCAAUCAUGGUAACUGCGACGAUGCGGUCCAGAAUCUGAAGGAUCAAAUGGGCUCGACGAUCUGGGUAGUUGGACCCCAAACCGCGUUUUAUUCUAUUCGCGGUGAUGCCGUAGCCUUCAGCUGCAACAAUGCUUUUGUGGAUGCUCUUACAUCGGCGGAUUGGGUGACACGAGCGGCAGAAGUAGUGACUGACAGUUGUGGCUGGUAUAUUGCGGGCACUGGACAAUUGUUAUGGAUAAACCCAACAGCGAACUCUACUGAUAUGGGUUACAUGAUUUGGAGAGACGGUGUGGACUUUUGUGGCGAUGCUCAGGGAUCACCAGAUCGGGAGUGUUGGUAG